UAAUACAGGAACAAGGUCAAGGAAGAACACUUGUUACAGAAGCUAAUCAACGUCAGUGUUAAAAUAGAUCAGUAGCAGGAACAGCCCAGAGAAGAUGGGGUUUCUUCUGAUCCUGACAUGUUUGGCACUUCCCAUUCUAUGUUCCUGUCAGUAUCAGCCAAACUGGGAUUCUAUUGACGCGAGACCUCUCCCUUCUUGGUAUGAUGAUGCCAAGUUUGGAAUCUUUAUGCACUGGGGUGUUUACUCCGUUCCAAGUUUCUUCAGUGAGUGGUUUUGGAAACGAUGGCAAGGAUCUCCUCCUUACCCAGAAGUUGUGAACUUCAUGAAGCAAAACUAUCGGCCAGGUUUCACAUAUCCCGACUUUGGAUCUAUGUUCACAGCAGAGUUGUUCAACCCUGACGUUUGGGCCGACAUCCUGAAAGCAUCUGGAGCCAAUUAUGUUGUCUUGACAAGCAAGCAUCAUGAGGGUUUCACAAACUGGCCAUCAAAUGUUUCUUGGAACUGGAAUGCAAUGGAUCUGGGUCCUAAGAGGGAUCUGGUUGGUGAAUUGGCAGCAGCUGUGCGGAACAAGACCAAGAUUCAUUUUGGCCUGUACUUCUCGCUCUUUGAAUGGUUCCAUCCGCUAUAUUUGCAGGACCAGGCAAAUGGCUUCAAGACAAGAUUGUACAGAGAUCAAGUUGCGAUGCCUCAACUGAUGGAUAUUGUGAAUAGCUAUCACCCUGAGGUGGUCUGGUCAGACGGGGCUAUGGGUCCAGAUUCCUACUGGAACAGCACAGAAUUCCUGGCAUGGCUCUACAAUGAAAGUCCUGUUAAGGAUACCGUCGUUGUUAAUGACCGUUGGUAUCUUGGUUGUGCGUGCAAACAUGGUGGAUAUUUUACCUGUAAUGACAGAUAUGAUCCCGGGAAACUGCAAAACCACAAGUGGGAGAAUUGCAUGACAGUGGACACAAAAUCAUGGGGAUACGUACGAACAACUCCACUGAAAGACAUCUUCGAUAUUCAUGGGCUGAUUACAAAGCUUGUCAGAACAGUCAGUUGUGGCGGCAACCUUCUCCUGAACGUUGGGCCGACCCACGAUGGACGCAUUGUGCCUAUAUUUGAGGAGCGUCUUCGUCAGAUGGGGUCGUGGUUAAAGGUCAACGGCGAGGGCAUCUAUUCCUCUGUUCCGUGGAGGUUGCAGAACGACACAGUGAAUCCUGAUGUCUGGUACACGACUACCAAGAGAGCAGAUGCUGUCUACGCGUUCGUCCUGAAGUGGCCGGCGAACAACACGGUGUACCUCGACGGCCCUUACGCCAAGUCAAACACCAACGUCACCUUGUUGGGGUAUCCUCAACCGCUCAAAUGGCAAAUAGGACCCAAGCAGCAGGGGAUGGACAUCGUGCUUCCGUUCCUGAAUCCCUCUACAACUCCAUGUAAGUGGGCCUGGGUGCUGAAGCUGAAGAAUAUCAUCUAAGUCAUGCUUGGCUUACGGCAAGGUAACAACCCCCACUGUAGUAAUGUUUACGUUUCUCUAUCUUAUAAGCCAUUUUUCGUAUUUACAAUUUGGAAAUGGGCAGAUGAAGGCCAUUGACUGUUACCUGUUGAAUUCUAUGAUUCCCAUAGACUUUGUGCAGAGAUCACUCAGUUCCAGUAAGGCAAUUGAUUAAACCCUAUUUUUUUAGUGUUUUGCUUAUCAAUGUACUCUAUACAUUCAAUUUAUAUAAAGGUCGACCAGGGGCCUGUUGCAGAAAGAGUUGCAAUCAAUUGCAACUCUAAAAAUCAUGCGCAACUUGAUUUUCAACCAAUCAACUGCGCGCAUUUAGGACUUGCGAUUGAUUUUUCACUUGCGUUUAAACGCAACUCUCUCUGCAACGAACGCCUGGGAUUGGUUUCAUCAAUAUUUUUGUCCAAGUUGUCGGAUGUGACACUUUCCCUGAUUUUGAUUGGCAAAAACCACUGUUGCUAUGGCAACUAUCAGAUAAAACGGGACUUGUCGGAUAAAAUCCAACAAGUCCUUUCAUGAAAUGCUCAACUGAAAUACCCCUUAAUAAGUUCUUUAAUAAUCUUCAUCAUAAAGCCUGCAGACAAGACUAUGUGUUUAGUAGCUUGGCAUGAAUAUAAGAUUGAUCAUAUAGGUACGUAUACACAAUGCCUAAUUGGUUUAUUUGCUGUAACAUGCCCACUGUCCUCAUUGUAUUCAGCCACUAUUAUGCUUUUAUUGAAAUUUAGAAGUAAAAAAUGGAAUGUCUAUGCUUGCAGUCUGCAAAAAAAAGCUUUAAGAAUAUCACUUGUAACAAAAGUACUAAAUUUCAUUCAUUAUGAUGUUUUUCUUUAAUAUCAUGGGGGUUAUAUUUUGGUGCUGGGUUCUGCAAUAUUUUUGUUUCCUAUCUUUUAUAUACAAUAACUCAGAAUUAAUUUUGUAUUUAGGUAGUAGUAGAUGGUUUGCUGUAUGAUAUAUUCUGUUUGGUAAGAAAAUGUAAUCAAUAUUUAGUUGUUGUAAGGUAACUCAAAGUAUAAUUUGAGUCUUUCCCCUGAAUGUUUAGAGCAAAUUGACCUUUGUUAGUAAUUUUUACAUACAUCAUUCCACUCUCUGAACUCUCAUAUGAUUUAAACUAUGUUCUCAAGUUAUGGUUUAACCAUGGAUAGCCAAUUGCGAUACAAAUCUUUAAUAGUACAGGUUCUAUUCAAGUCAUUCAUUACUGUCUGGGAACAAUUAACUGAAUCAGUUCCCCUUCACCAUUGUAGCAUGAUGGAAGAACUCAGUGAACAAACGAAACAUAGAAUGUUAACAUUAUUGGCUUUCCAUCAUUUUAGCAGAGUUCUCCCUCUCACGUCCCUGGUUAAAUCUACAGUUGAGGCCAAAAGUUUACAUACACCCAUGGAAUUUAGUGAAAUUUGUUCACUUUCCAAACAUUGCAAAAUUUACUAUAUCUUCAGAAAUAUAAAUACUACCAUGACGAAUUAGGUAUCAAAUCGAAGAGCAUUUUAAGCUCUUUCACAUUAUUGGGAUGCCAUUUGGAUUAUACUAUAUUUCAGGUGGAAUUUUCUUUGAAUAAAAAAGUGAUAUUCGUGCAAAAUGUAUUCUAUUGUUUGCUAUUGUAUUUUCAAACAUCGUUUCAUAGAAAUAUAAAAAGUAUAUUAUACUUUUUAUCAUAAUAUGUCACCACUAUAUGUAACAAAAAAUGUAUGUGUUGAGAAGUAAGUAGCACAAAUAUGAAAUGUUUUUGUCAAGUUUUUAUUUUCAAUUUGUA